CUGAAGCGCACACACAGCUGCCUGACGCGCUUCUCUGUGGCACACGGUGGCGACUGGACGUCAGAGGAGCACAGGGGAAAUACUGCAGUCAUCCCUAAAUGUGAUGAAAAGAUAGGACAACAUUUCUUCUUUUUUUAAUCUCCAGGAUAAUUUGAGGGAGAAAACACUCUUCAACCACUUUGGAAUUAAUUUAUCCUUUUUUUAAUCCAAAAGGUGUGUAAGUCAAACAUGUUGCCACAUUGCUCCCUCCUGCUGUUGCUAUGCGUGGCCCGGCUGCUCCCCGCCUCCUCGGCCUUGCCCUUCGAGCAGAAAGGCUUCUGGGAUUUUGCAAUGGACAGUAUGGACAGUGGCGGGCUGAUGGCGAUGAUGAGGGAUGAGGAAGAAGGUUCAGCUGUGGAGGAGGUCCUCCCCCCGGACAUACACAUGUGCCCCUUCGGCUGCCAAUGUCACCUCCGGGUCGUCCAGUGCUCUGACCUCGGUCUGACCGAGGUGCCCAAGAAUAUUCCUUCGGACACCAAGUUCCUGGACCUGCAGAACAACCGCAUCACCGAGCUAACGGAGAAUGACUUCAAAGGCCUCACUCACUUAUAUGGUCUGUCUCUGAGGAAUAACCUUAUUUCCAAAGUCCACCCCAGGACAUUUGUCCCUCUGAAGCACAUGCAGAAGCUGUACUUCUCCAAAAACCUGCUGACCACCGUCCCCAAGAACUUGCCCGCCUCUCUGGUCGAGAUAAGGAUCCACGAGAACCGCAUCAAGAAGGUGGAAGCUGGAGCCUUCACAGGGCUGGUCAACAUGAACUGCAUAGAGAUGGGAGCAAACCCUCUCCAGAACAGCGGUUUCGAGCCUGGAGCCUUCAAGGGACUGAAACUCAAUUAUCUGCGUAUUUCAGAGGCCAAACUGACCGGGGUGCCAAAAGAUCUGCCAGAGAGUCUCAAUGAGCUUCAUCUUGACCACAACCAGAUCCAGGCUAUAGAACUGGAGGACCUGAGCCGCUACAAAAACCUGUACAGGCUGGGCCUCGGUUUCAACCACAUCCGUAACGUAGAGAACGGCAGUCUGUCCUACCUGCCCAGGCUGAGAGAGCUGCAUCUGGACAACAACCGCCUCACCGGUGUUCCCAGAGGCCUCCCGGACAUGAAAUACCUGCAGGUGGUGUACCUGCAUUCCAACAACAUCAACCAGGUGGGCGUGAACGACUUCUGCCCUCGAGGAUUCGGGAUGAAGAGGACGUUCUAUAAUGGCAUCAGCUUGUUUUCUAACCCCGUCAAUUACUGGGAGGUGCAGCCUGCCACGUUCCGCUGCGUCAGCGACCGGCUGGCUAUUCAGUUCGGCAACUACAAAAAGUAAAGACAGGGAGCGGUGGAGACAGAGAGUGGGAGGAGGAGCAGCAGAUAAUUUAAAUGAUGAAAAAAUAACUUGAGGGAAAGAAAGAGAGCGAGAGGGAGGAAAGGGAGUUAAUAUUGCAGAUUUUUAUUACUAUUAGUGUUUUUUGGAGGGAGGUUGAGAGUUGGAGAAAAUGGGCAAUAAACUGGUGAAAUAGAAGAAGACGUCAGAAAUACGAUAACACAGCUUGGAGGGAGUGGAAAGCAAAGCACCUGCAGUGCUUCAUCUGAGUUUAAUUGAAUUUAAGGUUUUAGAGUUUUAGGAUUUGAAAAGGAGGAAAACAGAGGACGGUCGAAAUUUAUGAAAAAUGAGAACUGAAAACUUGUGAAGCAUUUCAUUCCAUUUCUUUUUACACAAUAGUGCUCAUUGCGAUAGAGGCCUUUUUUUAUUUCAUUAACAUUUUUAUUAAGAUCACAAGCAAAGAAUACAGACGCAAUGCUUUAUAGAUAUUUUUUAUAUAUGAAAAAGGUGCUAUGACUAAUGUGUGCUCCCUGUUGGUCUGAAGCUACUUGGUCCUCAACUCUGUGAUUAAAAGAUACUGUAUUAAUAUACAACCAGUCACACAAUUGGGGCCAUUUUCCACCACAUUCAGACAUAAAAGCAAUUGCACAAAAAGUUGAAACUUUCACUUCAUCGGCUAAACAGCAUUUUUUUUGUAUAUAUCAUGUCGGUUUAUUGAUUAAAAGACCAAUAUGUACAGUUUGAAGUUCCCCAUAAUCAUUCUUCUUGUUCACCUUCAAUAAGUGAACCACCAGCAUGCCUGUGUAAGGAGUCUAUUCUGUGCCUUUACUAAUUAUUGUGCUGUCUGUGUGAUACUUUAAUAAAGUAUUCCUCGAGGUUGUGGGGUUUACUUCCCCCGAUAGAGAAAACACACAUCCGCUUUGCUUUGACACAACGAAGGCAGUGUGUUCACAUAGUGCUACAAACAAUAGUAGUGUUCAUGCAUUGUUUUGCACAGUUACUUUUUUCUGUUAUGCUUUAUCUGCUUCAGGGUUACUAUAAGGGGUUAGCCUGUCUACAUUGGCAGACCUACGUGGAACUACUUUAGCCAUAAGUAUUCUGUCCUGUCUCUGUUCUGUAAUCUGACAAGCUACUGCUGCAUGUGAAUAAAAACUUAUUUUUAGCCUACUGCAUUAAGCCAAUGAACAACUGAUGCCCCUGGGCUGGAUGCUGUGUGAGAAAUAAAGAAGAAAUAUCAAAAAUGGAAA